UUUUAUCCCAUCGAUCGGUGUUAUUGUUCAGGUCAUAAGAGUGUCGCCGAACUUCUCAUCCGCAAAGGAGCCAAUCUUGAUAGUGAAACUAGAACGAAAGAGACACCUCUUCAUUGUGCUGCUUCCCAUGGUCACGGAGGUGUCGCUGAUGUGCUUCUCAAGAAUGGAGCUAACGCUAAUAUUGGAAAUAAUUUGAAUACCACAGCUCUUCAUUUAGCUGCUGACUAUGGUCACAAAAAUGUCGCCAAGGUUCUCCUCAACAGAGGCGCCAGUAUGGAUAUCAUGAAUAAUUUCAAUAAUACACCUCUUCAUUUGGCAGCUAAGAAUGGUCACGGAGGUGUCGCUGAUGUGCUUCUCAAGAAUGGAGCUAAUGCUGAUAUUGGAGAUAAUUCGAAUUCUACAGCUCUUCAUUUAGCUGCUUCCAAAGGUCACAAAAAUGUCGCCGAGGUUCUCCUCAACAGAGGCGCCAAUAUGGAUAUUAUGAAUCAUGUUAAUCAAACACCUCUUCAUCAUGCUGUUAGAAAUGGUCACGAAAAUGUUGCUGAACUUCUCAUCAACAAAGGCGCCAAUAUGGAUAUCAUGAAUAAUUUUAAUAAUACACCUCUUCAUCAUGCUGCUAGAUAUGGUCGAAAGAAUGUUGCUGAACUUCUCAUCAAAAAAGGAGCCAAAGUUGAUAUUAGAAAUCUUGAAAAUCUAACACCUCGUCAGUUAGCUGUUAGGCAUGGUCACAAUAAUGUCGCCAACCUUUUAAUCCAGAGGGAUUGAAAAUUUUGACACAUAGACACUAGCGCUGCAGUUUGCUUGUCAGUUGGUCAGCUGCACAACUAACAAUCAUGCUGGUGGAGCAGCCACACAAAAACUGGAUCAGUCAUAUAUUUCUGAUUAAUUUUUUUUUAC